AGAGCUGGGAGCUCUGCGACAUGGAGUGCUGGCCAGUUCUGCUGCUCUGGGGUCUCCCCCAGAUGUGGGCAAGUCCUGAGGCUCUGCGCCCCUCCGAUCUCCACUUUCUGCCCGCGCCUCAGAGCAGCGCCCGCCUCCUCUUCCUCCAGAUCUCGCCCUUUGCCAACAGCAGCUGGACGCGCACCGACGGCUCUUUCUGGCUGGGGGCGCUGCAGACCCACUCUUGGAGCAAUGGCUUGGACAUCCACUUCCUGAGGCCCUGGUCCCAGGGCAAGUUAAGCGACCAUCAGUGGGAGCAGCUGCAGCAAGUGUUCUGGGUGUACCGGAGCAGCUUCAACAGGGAGAUCCGGGAAUUCGCCAAAAUGCUGCACUUGGACUAUCCCUUUGUGGUCCAGGUGUCCGCUGGGUGUGAGGUGCACCCUGGAAGCCCCCUAAAAAGCUUCUUCCACUCAGCAUUUCAAGGAAGCGAUAUAUUGAGUUUCCAGGAAACUUCUUGGGUGCCAGCCCCCGAUGCCCCACAUGGAACCGAGAUGAUUAGCAACGUGCUCAACAAGGACCAAUACAUCAAGGACACAUUAGAGUGGCUCCUCAAUGACAUUUGCCCCCAAUUAGUGACGGGCCUCCUUGAAGCAGGACAGCAGGAUCUGGAGAAGCAAGUGAAGCCCGAGGCCUGGCUGUCCAGUGGCCCCCCUCCUGGCCCUGGCCGUCUGCUGCUGGUGUGCCACGUCUCAGGAUUCUACCCAGAGCCUGUGUGGGUGAGGUGGAUGCGGGGGCAGCAGGAGCAGCCCGGCGCUCAGCAAGGGGACGUCCUGCCCAAUGCUGACGGGACCUGGCAUCUCCGAGUGACGCUGGACGUGGCGGCUGUGGAGGCAGCUGGCCUGACCUGCCGAGUGAGACACAGCAGCCUCGGAGGCCAGGACAUCGUCCUCUCCUGGGAGGGGAGUCAUGUGCCGGUGGGCUGGAUCGUCGCAGCAGUACUGGCAUCCCUCCUGCUGGUAGGCGGAGGCGUAACCUUCUGGCUUAAGAAGCGCAGGUCUUAUCAAGACAUCCUGUGACUGUGCUGGCCACACCUGUCUGGAACUCAGGAUCUCAAGUUCCCAGGACUUCGGCACCCAGGAAUUGAGGAUGAAAGUGAGGUGCCUUGAAGAAGCAGAGAACAAUCCCAAGAAAGCUCUCAUCACGCCCCUUGGCUACUUUAAGAGAAUUUAAGCAUCCUACCUGUUUAGAAGCUCACGUGGUUCUUAAGAACAGAAGUGCAAACUCAGAUACCUACCAGGGACAAGCAGAGAAGGGCCGAAGCGCGGGCACCUGUGGCCAUUGUUUAAACGCUGGAGUCUGCAGAGACCUGGAAAGCACUUGUCCUGUCCAGGGGGAGCAGGUCCAGCUGCUUGUUGUCAAAUAGGAAGUCAGACCCUGGGUUGGCUGUGACCUACAUUUUUCAAGAAAAGCGGAAGUCUGGAUUUUCAUGUGAGCGUGCCUGACAUUAAAAUAAUGACUCAAACUUUUACACAAUUUAGGGUGUGGAACCCCAAAUACACCUCUGCUAGUUAACAACAACUUGGGGGGCUUUCAGUUUGUAUCUUUUGGGAAAGCUUGUGAAUGUCAUAUUGGCAGUUUGAGGACAUAAUUUCUAUUGUGAAUUUGAAUUUAUAAGGGGAUAUUUCAUCUUUAAAAAGAAAGUUAGGUCAAAGAAACAGAGGUAUCUCAAGCUUUUAUGUAACUUGAUUAAAAGAGGAGAAAUCCUAGUGUAUGUGUAUGAUAUGGAAAUAAACUACUUUGGGGAGGGACCUUUCUCACCAAUGGGCAGUCAUUUUAUUCGGACUGGAAGAGGCAGUCAUGAAGAGACCCCUCCAAACAGCCUCUCUUACUUCUAGCUAUUGAGAAAGUGCACGAAAGGGGCUGAGCAUACCUGGGCAAGCCUGAGGUGUAGUGAUGCCGGUCUAGCUGUCUUCUUGGUUCUUAGACAGGAGGUAACUGGAAGCUAAGCGGAACAGCAGACCUUUCUGGAGCCAAGAAAUGAGAAGGUCAAGUUAAAAUGAUCGGUUGGCUCUCAGGAAAGUCGCCUCUAGGCACCCCAGGGCUCUGAACAUCCAGAAAAAGAGAGGCUGCCCUUUGGGAGAGCCUUUGCUUGAGGAAAUGAAGAUUUGGUUCUUCUCUGCUGGACUCACAGGUCAAACCUAGAAUGCAGGUGAAGAACCUGCUGGCUUCUGAACCAAUGGUUCCCAAAUUGUGUUUUUGUGACCAGUGGCCUCGGCAUCACCUGGGAACUUAUGAGUUAUUUUGGGCCCCACCCCAGAACUACUGAAUGGGAAACUUUGGGAGUGGGGCCCAGUCGUCUGUGUGUUAACAAGCCCGCAGGUAAUGCUGAUAUUCAGCUAAAGUUAGAGAACCACUGUUCUUAGACAUGUGUAAUGUUGUGCAACAAAUUUCUCAGAAUGUCUAGUGAGAAUUUUGGCUUGGGGUUAGUCAAGGAAGGCUUCAUGGACGAAGGGGAACUUGAAGCAGAACUUAGCGAGGCGGGUAGGUGAACCAGCAAGUGCACUGGAUCAGGAGACUGGAGUUCUAGCCUCUGACUCAGUUUCCUCCUGUGCCCAUUGGGGCUAAUAAUGUCAGCCUGCCUACUGCUUAAAUGUGUGUGUAUGCCCCGAUUCAUCUGUUAGAAAUCUAAUAACCAAGGUGAUGGGUAUUAGAAGGUGGGGUUCUGGGAGGUGAUUAGGUCAUGAGGUCUGAGCUCUCAAAUGGAAUUAGUGCUGUUAGAAAAGAGGUCCCUUCACCUUGUGAAGACAGCAGAAGAUGCCAUCUAGGAUGCAGGAAGUGGGCCCUCAUCAAACCCUGAAUCUUUUGGCCCCUUGAGAUUGGACUUCCCAGCCUCCAAUCUGUGAAAAAUAAAUUUCUAUCGCUUAUAA